AUGGGAUCUGGGAGCAGCAAGGCCACCACCACCUCCUCCUCCUCCUCCUCCUCGUCGUCGCCCACGGCGGCGGAGGCGGGCGGCGAGGUUAAGAGGCCGAAUGGGAGCGGGAAGGGGAGGAGGGGGAGGAGUCUGCUGCCGCUGCCGCUGCCGAGCUCCUCCUGCUUCCGUGGCUCCACGACGCCGUGCCAAGGCGACGCUUCCGCAGCAGCGGUGGUGGACGUCGAGUGUAACAAGGGAGGGGAGACUGCAAGCUUGCCUUCACUCACUCACACUGCAAAGUCUGAUGAAGAUGUUCUUGUAAUGCCUAAGUCUCAUCCCGGCGAAGGGGUAGCAGCACCUUCAUCAGAUAGCGAAAGAGAUCAAGAUGAUGAUGUGCUACAGAAUGCUGCUGCCACUAGCACAUCAACAGCGGCCAAUCAAUUGCCAAAUCCCUCUGGGAGGUCAAGGCCACGUUUUGGUGUCAACUUUGGGUUGAGUAGAGCUGUCAGCUUGGGAUCAUCAGUAGCCUGCUCUAUUCUGUCAUCUGGCCUCCCGACUUCUGCUAAUCCAGGUGAAGGUCGGCGAGAUGUGGAUGACUCUUCUGAUACAGGCAUCUCCCAGCAGGGUAGUGCACCGACUGCUGGGAUUGAUUCGACUCUGGAUAUGCUUAGAGAUAGUGUCACGGCACAAGCUAGAGCAGCUCGUCAGGCUAGGAGAAAUCUGCUAGAAUCUGAAGAUGCUAGCUUGAGGAGCUCCUACAGAAGGAUGGGGUCUCAGGAACCUUUUGAAGGCAGUGUUCGGUUUAGCCGGACAUUAAGUGUUGGGCGGCUUCGGGACAGAGUUCUCAGGCGGCCUCCAUUCUCAGAUGGGCUAUUCACCCCUUCGCUUCUUUACGAUAGGGCAGUAUGGCCAUCUGGAAAUGCUAGUGCUAGGCAAGAUUCAGCAGUCAUGCAAAGGACUAAUUCAGACAGGAGUUCAGAACCGCGAUCUGAUCCUUCAACCAACGAUCUGUACAACUUGAGCUCUGAGAGGCAGGCCAGUAAUAGCGACCUACUGGAGCGCAGAUCAGCUUUUCUUGAGAGGAGGAGGAUACGAUCUCAGGUCAGAGCUCUGCAAAGGUUGGGCAGCAGGUUUGAAAAUUUAUCAGGUCAUGAGAGGUCCUGCAUACUAUCUGGUCAGCAUAGAACAGGAAAUUGCAACUGCAGAACAGGUAGUCGACAAGGCAAUCCUGAUGAAGAAACUAGCACAAGGGCUAGCAUAUCGAGAAUUGUUAUGUUAGCAGAAGCACUUUUUGAGGUUCUGGAUGAAAUUCACCACCAAUCUGCUGCAUUAUCGUCAUCAAGACCAUCAUUUUCUUCAAUUGGAUCCGUUCCUGCUCCAAGGGAGAUUGUUGAGCGUCUUCCUGCAAAAGUGUAUAGGAAACCAUUGAAAUACCAGAGCGAGGAAGCUGCACAAUGCUAUAUUUGCCUUGUUGAAUAUGAAGAGGGAGAUUGUCUUCGUAUACUUCCAUGCCGUCAUGAAUUUCAUCUAACAUGUGUAGAUAAAUGGCUAAAGGAGAUUCACAGGGUUUGUCCACUUUGUCGUGGCGAUGUCUGCAGAUCUGAUGCACCGAUUAGAAAGUCAUACCAUUAUGAAACUGAUGACAUGCUACGGUGA